GGAUCCCGCAGCCCUGCUCAGACCCCUGGGAGCCCCUGGACGUCCUUCUGCAGCAGCUGGUGAGAGAAGCCGUCCUGGCGCUGGGACCAGCGAAGGGACCUAGGGACGGGACCCCUUGGGCUCCAGGAAGAGUCGGAAGCAAGGAGGAAAAGGAGGGAAGCUCGGGAGAGCCCCUUGGAACAAGCUAAGAGAGGAAGUGACUGACCUUGGCCUGGGCUGACCAAUCGCAGGCGGGAAGAUGAAGGCCCUGUGGGCUGUAUUGGUGGUCACCCUUCUGGCAGGAUGCCGGGCAGAUGUGCAGCCGGAGCUGGAGAUGCAGGAGCCAGCCUUGUGGCAGAGCGGACAGCCCUGGGAGCUGGCGCUGGGCCGCUUCUGGGAUUACCUGCGCUGGGUGCAGACACUGUCUGACCAGGUGCAGGAGGAGCUGCUCAACUCCCAGGUCACCCAGGAGCUGACGGUGCUGAUGGAGGACACCAUGAAGGAGGUGAAGGCCUACAAGAACGAGCUGGAGGAAGAACUAGGACCGGUGGCAGAGGACACGAAGGCCCGGCUGUCCAAGGAGCUGCAGGGGGCGCAGGCGCGGCUCAGGGCAGACAUGGAGGAGGUGCGCAACCGCCUGGCGCAUUACAGCGAAGAGAUGCAGGUCAUGCUGGGCCAGAGUCCCGACGAGCUGCGCGCCCGCCUGGGCUCGCACCUGCGCAAGCUGCGCAAGCGGCUGCUGCGGGACGCUGAGGACCUGCAAAAGCGCCUGGCUGUGUACAAGGCCGGAGCCCGCGAGGGCGCCGAGCGUGGGGUGAGCGCCAUCCGCGAGCGCCUGGGGUCCCUGGUGGAGCAGAGCCGCGUGCGCGCAGCCCUAACGGGCCAACCGCUGCGGGAGCGCGCCCAGGCCUGGGGCGAGCGGCUGCGCGGGCGGCUGGAGGAGGUGGGCGGCCGGGCGCGCGACCGCCUGGACGAGGUGCGCGAGCAGAUGGAGGAGGUGCGCGCCAAGGUAGAGGAGCAGGCCGAGGCCUUCCAGGCGCGCCUGAAGGGCUGGUUCGAGCCCAUGAUGGAAGACAUGCGGCGCCAGUGGGCCGAUCUCAUCGAGAAGGUGCAAUUGGCCGUGGGCGCAAGCACCCCCGUGCCCAGCGAGGACCACUGA